GUUUGACUCUUAAUUUCAAACGUUUACUCGUUUAUAUAGUUUAUGUGUUUGUAUUUAUUUAUAUUUUCCAAAUUAAACUUUGAUCCUAAAUUAUUUUGGCAAUGUUUAUUUCUAAAUUAAACUUUAAAUAUAUCUUAUUAACUGUUUUAAUGGCAAUAUUAGCAGUAUUUUUAAAGAAAUAUAGGUCAGAGAAUUUAAGUUUUGAUUCUCGUAAGGCAGAUCGAGUUGUUUUAUCCAGUGAUGAAUUAGCUAAAUAUAACGGUGUUGAUAUUGACAAGCUAUAUUUAUCUGUUAUUGGAAGCAUCUUUGAUGUUACUGAUGGGAAAACACAUUAUGCAAAAGGAUCGCCAUAUCACUAUUUUAUAGGAAAAGAUGGGACAAGAUCUCUUGUGACUGGUGACUUUAAAGAUGAAUCGAGCAAUAAGGAUAAUGUUUUAGAUUUAUCUUGUGAUGACUUACUACAAAUAAUAAAUUGGAGACAAACAUUUAGAGUAAAAUACAAAUAUAUUGGUUCAUUAGCUGGCAGAUAUUAUGAUAAGAAUGGAGAAGAAACUGUAUAUAUGACUCAGUUAAAACAAAGAAUAAAAAAUUGCAAACAGGAAAAGGAAGAGGCUAAAAAACAAGAUCAAAUAUAUCCACCGUGCAAUAUUGCUUGGAGUGAGAAAGAUGGGACACGAGUAUGGUGCACCAAAACAAGUGGUGGUAUAAAUAGAAAUUGGGAAGGAGUACCGAGGCAAUUGUUUACCCCUGGAGAAAAGAGGCCUCGUUGUGUUUGUGUGAAUCUUGAAAAAGUUGAUUCAAGUUUACUAAAGGAAUAUGAAGGAUGUUCCAGUUCUUCUAAAGAGUGUUCAGUUAAUAACUAAACAAAUAAAAAAUGUUAAAGCUGAUUGCAGAUAGUUUAUUUAAUUAUGAAUAGAUAUUGAUGUCAUUGUUAUUAUUUAAAUAUCUAUUAUUUUGAUAAUUUUAUUAUGUUAAGUUUGUGUUGUCAUUGUUUUAAUUACCAGACAUUCCAGAAAGAAUUAUGAUAAGUAUUUUUUAA